AUGGCAGAGAAUGGCGACGAGUCCGCUAAACUAUGGAAGGUCAAUCGCACAAUACACGAACUUGUAAAUGAUAGAGGCUUCCUAGUUUCAGAGGAGGAGAUAUCAAUGGACCUGGCCACAUUUCGCGCUACCUAUGCCCCCCAUGGCUCCCUAGACCGCUCCCAGUUGAAUUUCUUCACCAGUUCGAAGACGAAUUCGACCGACCAAAUUUUCGUGUUCUUUACCGAAGAAAGAAGCGUAGGCGUCAAGACCAUGCGCAAGCUCCUCGGCAUUCUCGAAGAAAAGAGCAUCAACCGUGGUAUAAUUGUGUUCCCCGGUAAUAUGACACCGUCAGCGCGAAAGGUCAUUGUCGCGAUGGCUGCUCAGUACAGAUUGGAGGAGUUCUCCGAGGCAGAUCUACUUGUAAACAUCACCCACCAUACCCUUGUUCCCAAGCACGAGGUCUUGAGUCCUGAGGAAAAGAAAGUUCUUCUAGAAAAAUACCGGCUGAAGGAAACGCAACUUCCGCGGAUUCAAAUGGCGGACCCUGUGGCUCGGUAUUAUGGCCUACGGCGGGGGCAGGUUGUCAAAAUCACUAGACCCAGUGAAACCAGCGGUCGAUAUGCUAGCUAUCGCAUCUGCUUCUGA